AUGUACACGGCUCGAUACACAACUUAUGUUGAGGGCAACUCUACCAUUGCGAGCGCACCGAGUCCAACGACACUUCUGGCGGGAAUGACCCCAGCAGACGGUCGAGGAGCAGUGGUAAACGACGAGCAAACGGCGAAAACGAUAAAGAAACAAUAUGGAGGGCAACUCUACUCGACCAUUGCGAAACUUGCGGACAUG